GAACCGCCGCCCCGCAUGCAGCCGGCCAUGAUGAUGUUCUCUAGCAAGUACUGGUCCAGGAGGGGGCUGUCGUUGGACUCGGCCAUGUUUGACCACCAGAACCAGCGGCAGCAGAAGCACACUGGGGGGCAGAUGUCAAGGCGGACUUCCUUCUGUCCCAUCAACGAGAGAGACGAUGAAAACACAGAGGACUCUGGGAAAACAGCUGUGGUGUUUUCUCUGAAGAAUGAGGUUGGCUGUCUCGUCAGAGCUCUCAGGCUCUUCCAGGAGAAACGGGUCAACCUGAAACACAUUGAGUCUCGGAUGUCAAAGAGAGUCCCAAAUGAGGUGGAGAUCUUUGCAGACUGCAGCUGCAACAAGAAAGAUUUCAAUGAGCUACUGCAGCUUCUCAAAGACCACGUCAACAUUGUGUCCUUCAACACACCUGCACAUGUAUGGUCUGCUGAGGCAGAUGAAGAAGACGUUCCGUGGUUUCCCAUGAAAAUCUCUGAGCUGGAUCAGUGUUCUCACAGAGUGCUGAUGUACGGAUCUGAGCUGGACGCCGAUCAUCCGGGCUUCAAAGACAACGUUUAUCGGCAGCGCAGGAAGUACUUUGUGGAGGUGGCCAUGAACUACAAGUUUGGGCAGCCCAUCCCUCACAUUGAGUACACUGAGGAGGAGGUGAAGACAUGGGGCGUGGUUUUCAGAGAGCUGACCAAACUGUACCCGACUCACGCCUGUAGAGAGUACCUGAAGAACCUGCCGCUGCUCACCAAACACUGUGGCUACAGAGAGGACAACAUCCCUCAGCUGGAGGACGUCUCCCUGUUCCUCAGAGAGCGAUCUGGCUUUACAGUUCGACCUGUGGCCGGGUACCUGUCUCCUAGGGACUUCCUGGCUGGUUUGGCCUACAGAGUGUUUAACUGCACUCAGUAUGUUCGUCACAGCACCGACCCACUCUACACCCCAGAACCAGAUACAUGUCACGAGCUGCUGGGUCACGUUCCCCUGUUGGCCGAUCCAAAGUUCGCCCAGUUCUCCCAGGAGAUUGGUCUGGCCUCGCUGGGAGCAACUGAUGAGGAUGUGCAGAAACUGGCCACAUGUUAUUUCUUCACUAUCGAGUUUGGACUCUGCAAGCAGGACGGCCACCUCAGAGCUUAUGGAGCCGGUUUACUGUCUUCUAUUGGAGAGCUGAGGCAUGCUUUGUCUGAUAAAGCCUGUGUGAAGAUGUUUGAUCCGAAGACGACCUGCAACCAGGAGUGCCUCAUCACCACCUUCCAGGAGGUCUACUUUGUCUCUGAGAGCUUCGAGGAGGCCAAAGAGAAAAUGAGGGAGUUUGCGAAGACGAUAAAGAGGCCGUUUUCUGUGUACUACAACCCGUACACGCAGAGCAUCGACCUGCUCAAAGACACGCGUAGCAUCGAGAACGUGGUGCAGGACCUGCGCAGCGACCUCACCACCGUCUGCGACGCGCUGGGGAAGAUGAACACCUACAUGGGUAUCUGACCUCCCCACCACCACCAUCUGUUAGCUGAUUGGUUCAAACUUCUGUAAGAUGCUGUGAAACGUCAUCUACUGCAACAUAUUCAUCUAUAAUUUGAGCUGCGAGCAGAGAGAACGUGACAGCUCUUCUGUAUUUAAUCUGUCUCGUCCAUGAGAAACAGGACGUGCUUUGUUUCCUUUAGUCAGAUUCUCUGUUCAUCUGACCUGUUGGACCAGGACUGGAUUCUGAACGUCCGCUCAGACCCUCUUGCAGACCUUAAAGAGACAGCAGUUUAUAAAUGUGUAAAAGAUCAACAGUUUAUGUGAGUUUAUUAAAUGAAUGGGCCCUCUGGUGUCAGGCGGGUCCACAAACCAAGCUGGACCAGGUCUGCAGGAGGACAUCUGGGUGAAGUCCAGACACCUGGUUCUCUGUGUGUUUCAGAUUUAGGAAACAUGGUGAUUUACUUCAUGUUGGGACUAAUGGUGAAGUAACCACCUCUGGAUUAAAGACCACCGUCCUUCCUGAACCAGAACCACAGAAAAGCUGCAGCUAGACCCAAACUUCGGAAUCAACAGAUUUAAAGUUAUUUAAUAGAAACUGGGUAUUUCUUUAUGUGGUCAUGGUGUUUUAGUGCUGCUGUGUUUGUUUGUUGCAUGAAGAAUUGUCAGGUAGCUUUUUGUUUUCAACUGGCGCUGAACUGGAUAAA